CUGAAUUUUUCAGACUAAUUAAACAGCCCUAGAAUUUGGCUCCCUAUGCUUCAAAAUCUCUAAAGAGAAAAAUUUCGCAUCUUCGCGAUCAAAUUCCUUGAAAUUCUUCCUGAUUUCCUCUUCCCAAUUCCCCAAAUUCGUUCCCGAAAUUGUAAGCUUCGUUUUCCCCCUUAACAGAUCACGUAUAUGGGUACUGCGCAGAGCCGCGAGGACGCUGAACUUUCAGACUCCGAUGAAUACAAGGAAGAAGAGGAAGAGGAUGAUGAAGAAGAAGAAUACGAAGACGCUGAUGAAGUAUUGAAGCCGCAAUCGAUCUCUAGCGCCAAAUCGACCGGUACAGCAUCUGCAGUUGAUGAUGUCGACGCCAAACUCAAAGCUCUUAAGCUCAAGUAUGGCUCCUCUUCCCCUUCUCAGAUACCCAAUGCCAGCAACGCUGUGAAACUUUACCUUCACAUCGGUGGAAACACCCCCCGUGCAAAGUGGAUCGUCUCUGAGAAACUCACUUUCUACGCUUUUCUCAAGACGGCGAAUGUCGACGGAGAUAGCGACGACGAUCAAGAAGACGACUAUGACGCUUAUAAAGCCAAUUCGUCGGGUGGUAGAGGCCAGUUACGUUGGAUACUCAAAGUGGGGGCGAAGGUCAGAGCUCUGGUUUCGACAGAAAUGCAAUUGAAGAUGUUUGGUGAUCAGCGGCGUGUCGAUUUUGUUAACAAAGGUGUGUGGGCUUUGAAGUUCCCUAGCGAUGAACAGUACCGGGACUUCGUGACCAAAUUCCAAGAUUACUUGUUUGAGAAUGUUUAUGGGCUUGAAGCGACCGAGGAGAACAAGGUCAAGAUUUACGGGAAGGAGUUUAUUGGGUGGUUGAAGCCAGAAGUGGCAGAUGAUUCGAUUUGGGAAAACGCGGAUAUUGAGUUCGGGAAGAGCCCCAGCUCCUCAGUGAGGACGAAACAGGACUUGAUAGAGGAGUUCGAGGAGGCUGCUAAUGGAGGCGUACAGAGCUUGACGUUAGGGGCAUUGGAUAACAGCUUCUUGGUGAACGAUUCUGGGGUUCAGGUUUAUAGGAAUCUAAGCCAUGGAAUUCAUGGGAAGGGGAUUUCGUUGAAGUUUGGUGCAGGAAACUCACCGAACUCUAGUCGAUCGACACCGAAGAAGGGUCUUCUCAUGAAGGCUGAGACGAACAUGCUUCUCAUGAGUCCAUUGAAGGAAGGAAAACCCCACGCAUCAGGGCUGCAGCAGCUUGAUAUAGAGACGGGGAAAGUUGUUACAGAAUGGAAGUUUGAAAAGGAUGGUACAGAUAUUACGAUGAGGGACAUCACAAACGACACCAAAGGGUCACAAUUGGAUCCUUCAGAAUCCACUUUUUUGGGGUUGGACGACAAUAGGCUUUGUCAAUGGGACAUGAGAGACCGUAGAGGCAUGGUUCAGAACAUUGGUGGAGCUGCUGAUAAUUCACCGGUUCUGAACUGGGCGCAGGGGCAUCAGUUUUCAAGAGGGACGAACUUCCAAUGCUUCGCUACAACAGGGGAUGGGUCGAUUGUUGUUGGGUCAGUUGAUGGGAAGAUAAGGCUGUAUUCGAAGACGUCGAUGAGACAGGCGAAGACGGCCUUUCCUGGGCUCGGUUCGCCUAUUACUCAUGUCGAUGUUACUCACGAUGGAAAGUGGAUUCUGGGGACGACUGAUACUUAUUUGAUACUUAUCUGCGUGUUAUUCAUUGAUAAAGAUGGCAACACGAAGACUGGGUUCAGUGGUCGUAUGGGCAACAAGAUUCCCGCUCCGAGAUUGCUGAAGUUGACUCCUCUGGAUUCCCAUUUGGCUGGAACAGACAACAGAUUCCAUGGUGGCCACUUCUCUUGGGUCACCGAAAGCGGGAAGCAAGAGCAUCACCUCGUCGCAACAGUAGGUAAGUUCAGUGUGAUAUGGGACUUCCAUCAGGUAAAGAACAGUGCACAUGACUGCUAUCGGAAUCAGCAAGGACUCAAGAGCUGUUACUGCUACAAGAUUGUGCUGAAAGAUGAAUCCAUCGUCGAGAGCCGAUUCAUGCACGAAAAGUUUGCAGUCUCGGAUUCUCCAGAAGCCCCACUGGUUGUGGCUACACCCAUGAAAGUCAGCUCCAUCAGCCUAUCUGGAAAGAGAUGAGAAGCCAUCGUCGUCCUAAGAUGGUGCGCUUUCUCUUCUCCAUUGAUUGAUGUGUGCCUUGUACUGCUGCCUGCUGUUUUCUUUGUUUAUCCUCCUCAUAUUGUUUGUCUGUGUCUUCAAAUUGGUUUAUUCGUGCCACACUGAUAAAAUUGUCUGCGUGUGAGUGUGUGUUGUGUAAAUAGGUAAACGAUACAGAAGUAGAAUUGAGUUCUUAGGAUUACUUGUUUCUUGUGAGUUUGUGUUCGUGUUCGUGUUCGUGUUCGUGUUUGUGUUUGUAAGCCUUAUGGUGAUUAUUUGAGUACAAAAUGCUGUAAUUUUAAGCAUGUGAAAGUAAAUCCUCCAUCCUUUGUGUAUCAAACAAGACAUUGAU